AUGGGUGUCGGCAGACGCAUGCAGAAGCAGGGCCCUCCUGAGCCCCUGUCAGAAGAGCAUUUCGCCAGACUCAAGCGCAAGGCCGGCCUCCCCGUCGACGAUGUCCCCGCCGCGGCUCGCAACAACAAGAAGCGGAGGACAGCCAAGGAGCCCGUUGCGCCCAAGGGCAAGACCAACGGCGCUGCCGCCGCUGGCAAGAAGGGACCCCGGACCAAUGGACAGCUGAACGCUGCCAAGGCUGCACCGGCCCAGGCGAACGGCAGGAAGUCCAAGAAGGCGCCGCAACCCGAGUCCGACGACGAUAUCAGCGACGGGCUGGGCGACGGGUUUGGUGACUCGGACCUCGAGGAUGACGACGACAUCCACGGCCUCAAGGACGACUUCUUGGACUCCGACGACUCUGUCUACGAUUCCGACAACGAAGGGCAGCAGAAGGCUAUGUUCUCCGAAGACGAGGACGACUCGGACGCUGAGGAGAAGCUGACGGCCGCCAACAUUGCCGGUCUCUCAGCGAAGCUCGAUGCCAAGUUGGCGCAAGAGGAGGCCGACGCUCAGGCCGAGUUGGAGGAGAAUGCGCUGCAGACAAACAUCGACGGCGACAGGCCGCACGUCCUGGACGACGACGAGGAAGAGGGCCUGGCCGCCAAGACCAAGGCGCUGCUGGCACCAGACCUGCAGCUGCUGCGGACGAGGAUCACGGAUACCAUCAGGGUGCUGGGCGACUUUGCCAAGCUGGCCGAGGAGGGGAGGUCGAGGGCCGAGUACACGGCCCAGCUGCUCAAGGACAUCUGUGCCUACUACGGCUACUCCGAGUACCUGGCCGAGAAGCUGUACAACCUGUUCACGCCCCAGGAGGCCUUUGCCUUCUUCGAAGCCAACGAGAGCGCCCGUCCCGUCGUCAUCAGAACAAACACCCUCCGGACACACAGACGAGACCUCGCACAGGCUCUGAUAAAUAGGGGUGUUGUUUUGGAGCCCGUGGGCAAGUGGUCAAAGGUUGGACUGCAGAUCUUUGAGAGUCAAGUGCCAUUGGGUGCCACUCCCGAGUACCUUGCCGGACACUACAUUCUACAAGCUGCCAGUUCAUUCUUGCCCGUCAUGGCGCUGGGCCCCCAAGAAGGCGAGCGUGUGCUGGAUAUGGCCGCUGCCCCCGGUGGAAAGACCACGCACAUGGCUGCCAUGAUGAAGAACACCGGCUGCAUCUUCGCCAACGAUCCCUCCAAGUCUCGUGCCAAGGGUCUGAUCGGAAACAUCCACCGUCUCGGCGCGCGCAACGUGGUGGUGUGCAACUACGAUGCCAGAGACUUCCCCAGGGUGAUCGGUGGCUUCGACCGUGUGCUUCUCGAUGCCCCUUGCUCGGGUACUGGUGUCAUUGCCAAGGAUGCCUCGGUCAAGACCAACAAGACCGAGAAGGACUUCAUGGUCCUGCCCCACACCCAGAAGCAGCUGCUCCUGGCUGCCAUCGACAGUGUCAACCAUGCCAGCAAGACUGGUGGCUACCUCGUCUACUCUACCUGUUCCGUCACAGUCGAGGAGAACGAGCAGGUCGUCAACUACGUCCUGAGCAAGCGCCCCAACGUCAAGCUCGUUGAGACGGAUCUGCCUUUCGGAAAGGAGGGUUUCACCAGCUAUGCCGGAAAGCACUUCGACCCGUCGCUGCGGUUGACGAGAAGAUACUACCCUCACACAUACAACGUGGAUGGUUUCUUCGUCGCCAAGUUCCACAAGGUCGGCCCCUCGCCCGCCGGCGCCGCCAGCGUAAGCAAGGAGAAGGCGCCCACGGAGAAGCGGCCCGAGGACGAGGAGGUCAUCAACAAGACGCCCAUCGCCGCUGACGACAAGAUGGAGGGCGUCGAGACCGACGACUUUGGCGGCUUCGACGACGAGCAGGACGAGGAGUAUAUGGAGAAGGGCAAGCGCAACGCCAUGAGACGGCGCGGUAUCGACCCCAACGCGCUCGACAAGAGCAAGAAGGCCGCUGCAACCAAGGGUGACCAGGCCGAGAAGGUGAAGGAGAAGACGAAGGAGAAGAAGGCAGCCAAGGAGCAGGAGGCAAAGCCUGAGAAGGCCGCCAAGGCGGAGAAGGUAGCGAAGGCAGAGAAGGCCGCCAAGCCCGAGAAGGCUGAGAAGGCUGAGAAGAAGGACAAGAAGAAGACAAAGAAGGCGUAG